AUGUCGUCAGCUUUGGUGAUUGGCGCCACAUCGACGCUGGGAAAAGCCGUUGUUCGAAGAUUGGCAUUCGCUGGCUAUAAGGUAGCAGCCACUGGCGAUUGUCCGAAUACGAUUGGAAAAAUUGCCGAGGAUAAUAAGAAGGUGCUAUAUUUUUGAAGAUUUUCAGGGAAAAAUUUUAUUUGAAAUUUUGCAACGUGGCGGUUUGGAUUUGUGGUGGCUGAAAAUGCUCCAAAUUCCAUGAAAAAUUCAAAAAUAUCUCAAAUUUUAUCUCAAAAUGCUCCGAAUUUUCUGAAUAUUCCAAGUUUACCUUAAAACCUUCACAAAAGUCAAAAAUUAUAAUUUUUGGGCUCAAAAUGCUCCAAAUUUCAUCAAAAAUAUCAAAUUUGUGCUCAAAAUGCUCCAAAUCCCUGAAAACUCCAAAAUUCCGUUGCAGGUCGGCGGAAAUGUCACGGCCUAUUCGCUGGACACCUCAAACGCGGCGCACCGCGCCGAACUCAUCUCCAAAGUCGCCGAACAAUUUUCGGGUCUCGACACGCUCAUUUUUGUGCCGCCUCAAAAUACAGUAAUCGGCGAUAUUUUGGACUCGAAAAGCGAGGAUUUCGACAAGAUUUUUGGCGAAAAAUUGACGAUUCCUUUUCGUUUUUCACAAGAUGCGAUGGGAGAAUUGAAGAAAUCGAGGUAAUUUUUUGGGGAAAAGUUGAAAUUUGCGAGAUUUUGGUGUAAAAAUUGUGAAAAAUGAUGGAUUUUGAGCUGAAAAAACCUAAAAUUCGAUUUCUCUUGCUGAAAAUCUUAAAAUUCAGAUCUAAUCUGAAAUUUUCAUCAAAAAGUCACCUCAAAAUUUUCCCGCCAAAAAAUACGUUUCAAAAAAUGCAUUAAAAUUUUCGGAAAAUUAUCAAAAAUAAGCGAUAAAAUUUUCAGUCUGAAAUCAAAUUGCUGAAAAUUCGAUGUAAAAAUUGAGAAAAAAUGACGGAUUUUGAGCCAAAAAUUCAAUUUUUCAUCAAAUUUCCCAAUUUUUCCACCCAAACCCCCCAAUUUUUUCAGAAAUGGCAGCAUAAUUCUUCUAACUUCAUGCCUUGGCCUUCAGCCAAGUGUCGAUUUAGGCCUCUAUUCGGUGGCGUCAAGCAGUGUUUUGUCGUUGACCAAAGCGUUGGCGGUUUCGGCCGCCAAAAAUGGUGUGAGAGUGAAUUCGGUGGUGACUGGAAUGGUGAGCAUUUUGGGGGGUUUUGGGUGGAAAAAUUCGAGAAAAAUGGUUAAAUUUGAACUGGAAAACUGAAUUUUCAGAUUUUUCUGAAAAUUUGAAAAGCUGAAGGUCUCGAAAUACAUGGAUUUCUCACGCAAAAAUUACCUUGGAAAAUACGUUUCAAAAAAUAUUUUAUAAAUUUUCGAAUCUCGAAAAUUUGAUUCAUUGUUUUACUAUGAAAAAAUUGUGUGAAAAUUGCGAUUUUGAGCUGAAAUUCGAGAAAAUUGGUUUAAAUUGACCGAAAAUUAAUAAAUUUUGAAUUUUUUCAAAUUUUUCUGAAAAUUUGAAAAGCUGAGGGUCUGAAAUACAUGGAUUUCUCACGCUUAAAUUUUUCGAAAUUCAAAAAAAUUAAAUUUUCAAUAACCUCAAAAAAUACGUUUCAAAAAAAAAAGAAAAAUUUUAAAAAUUUCCAGGUUGAAGGCGAUGGUUCGAGCUCAGUUUGGGACAAUACAUCUGGAGAAGAAGCGACGAGGAUAAAACAACAAUUAGAGGUAAUUUCAGCUGGAAAAUCUGCAAUUUCUGAUCUGAAAUUCGUCAAUUUCGCUUAAAAAUCACAUAAAAUACAUGAUUUUCAACCAAUUUUCAGCCAAAAAUCUGAAAUUUUGCAGGCAAUGAUUCCACUUGGAAGAUUGGGAAGACCAUCGGAUGUUGCAUCGUAUGUCGAAUUUUUGGCCUCGGAUAAAGCUAGGUACGAUUUUUUGUUGGAAAUUUUGAAAAAUUUGAAUUUGGCGCCGAAUUUGACGCAUUUUGAUAGUAAAUAAGCUACGGUGGAUUUUUGGCGCCAAAAAAUUAUUUUUUUGAAUUUUGAAACUCUAGGAGUACGCUUCUCUACAGUAAUCCUUUGGAUUUUUGGCGCCAAAAUGUUUUCUGGGCAAAAAAUUUCAAAAUUUGAAUUUUUCGCGCCAAAAUUGAUCUACAGUAAUCCUAGACUUAUUCGGUCUCAAAACAUGUGGAUUUUUUGGCGGCAAAUUUCAAAAUUCAAAUUUUCAGAUACAUAACUGGAGAGAAUUGUGUGGUGAAUGGCGGUGUAUCAUAUCGAUUCUGA